ACCUAUUUGCCUCCGCCGGUUCGCUCCCAUUCUCCGCCGCCGCCCCUUUCGUUUCGUCUUCCUCGACGCCCCUGCCCUCGCCGCCUCGGCUCCCUCGACCAACGCCGGCCUCACCGCCCGUCGCCGUCGAGCCCAGUCAAGAUGGUGGUCGCCGUGGCGAAUGCCGCCGCCGCCGCCGCCCCCACCGCCGUCACGGCCGCCGACGCCGAUUCCCCUGCAUCCGUCCUGGAGGACGAGAAAAUGCCCGAGGCCAAGGACGAGAGAAACGCCGGCGAUUUGAAGCGCGAGGCCACCGCAGAUCAGUUACUGAACUCCGUCAGAGAGGACGGCGACGCGGGCCUCCUCGUGACGGAGGUGAUGGCCAAGGAGGAAGAGGAGCUGUACCAGGCCCGGCUCAAGGCAGAGGAAGAGGAGGAGGCCAGGAGGAGAGAAGCUCGGAAGGCUUUUGAUCCGAACGAGCGGUUCAGCAAGUUGGACGAGCUGCUGACAAAGACACAGCUGUUUUCUGAAUUCCUGCUUGAGAGGAUGGAGCAGAUCACAGAUAAAGCUGUUGAAGUUAAAGAUGAAGAGGAACCUGUCGAAGAGCAGAAGAAAGGGCGCGGCAGAAAGAGGAAAGCAAAGGCUAAGCAAAAGUACAACGAUAAGAAGGCUAAGACAGCAGUCGCAGCCAUGCUUACAAGAUCGCGUGAAGACCGUACUGCUGAUGAUAGUACUCUCACUGAAGAAGAAAGGUGGGAGAAAGAGCAAGCCAAUCUUGUUCCAUUAUUGACUGGAGGAAAGUUGAAAUCUUACCAGAUAAAGGGUAUUAAGUGGUUAAUAUCGCUGUGGCAAAACGGCCUAAAUGGAAUACUAGCUGAUCAAAUGGGCCUCGGGAAAACAAUCCAGACAAUUGGAUUUCUUGCCCAUCUCAAAGGAAAUGGUAUGGACGGUCCGUACAUGGUUAUUGCUCCCCUUUCUACUCUGUCAAACUGGUUAAAUGAGUUAUCAAGAUUUGCUCCAUCUCUGAUUGGUCUGAUUUAUCAUGGAGAUAAAGUGGCUCGGGCAGAGCUAAGGAGGAAAUUCAUGCCCAAAAAAGUUGGCCCUAAUUUUCCGAUAAUAAUCACUUCAUUUGAGAUGGCCAUGUUUGAUGCAAAACUUCUUGCUAAUUACCAGUGGAAGUAUGUUGUUGUCGAUGAGGGGCAUCGGUUGAAAAAUACUAAUUGUAAAUUAUUGAGGGAGCUAAGGCGCAUUCCGAUGGAGAAUAAGCUCCUUCUGACUGGGACACCUCUUCAGAAUAACCUAGCAGAGCUGUGGUCACUACUGAACUUCAUUUUGCCUGAUAUAUUUUCAUCCCAUCAGGAAUUUGAGUCAUGGUUUGAUUUUUCUGGGAAGGGAGAUGGGGAACAACAGGAAGAAACUGAUGAGAACAAAAGAGUCCUUGUUGUCUCAAAGCUUCAUGCCAUUUUGCGUCCAUUCCUUCUAAGGCGGAUGAAGGAGGAUGUAGAACACAUGCUUCCACGAAAGAAAGAGAUAAUCAUUUAUGCUAAUAUGACUGAACAUCAGAAACAAAUACAGAAUCACUUGGUUGAGAGGACAUUCGACAACUACUUGCAUGAGAACACAGAUAUUGUUUUGCGGAGACCUGGCAUCAAGACGAAGCUAAAUAAUCUACUCAUUCAGCUCAGGAAAAAUUGUGGCCACCCUGAUCUUUUGGAUGCUGCAUUCGACACAAGCUACUUCUAUCCACCUGUUGAAAAGCUUCUCGAACAAUGUGGCAAAUUUCAGCUGUUGGAUAGGUUACUGGAUGCUCUACUCAAACGAAAUCACAAGGUCCUUAUAUUUUCGCAGUGGACAAAAGUUUUGGACAUCCUUGACUAUUAUUUGGAUACAAAAGGCCUGAAGGUUUGCCGAAUUGAUGGUAAUGUUAAGCUGGAAGAUAGGAGGAAGCAGAUAGCGGAGUUUAAUGACUUGAACAGUGGUCUGAACAUCUUCAUUCUAAGCACGCGUGCUGGUGGGCUUGGUAUCAACCUUACUUCUGCUGAUACUUGCAUCCUGUAUGACAGUGACUGGAACCCUCAGAUGGAUUUACAGGCUAUGGAUCGAUGCCACCGCAUUGGUCAAACAAAACCGGUUCAUGUUUAUCGUCUGGCAACAUCGAAUUCUGUUGAGGGUCGGAUUAUCAAGAGAGCUUUUGGAAAGCUGAAGCUAGAGCACGUGGUGAUUGGGAAGGGACAGUUUCAACAAGAUGCCGCCAAGCCUAACGCCUUAGAUGAGGCGGAGCUGCUGGCGCUGCUGAGAGAUGAGCAGGGCGAGGAAGACAGGUUGAUCCAGACGGAUAUCAGUGACGAGGACCUUCUGAAGGUGAUGGACCGGAGCGACCUGACCGGCCCUGCUGCGGCUGCCAGUGCCGCCCCUCUUGUCCCUCUGAAAGGGCCUGGCUGGGAGGUGGUGCUGGCCUCGAAGAGCGGUGGCGGCAUGCUCUCGGCGCUCACCAGCUGAGCCAUCGAUGGUGACUCCUCGCAAUGGUGACUCCUCGCUGUUUUGAUGCUUGGGCUUGUUGGCCGCCUAAUGGUCGGCAGCGGUUCAAGCUAUGUUUUGGUGGGUUGUGUUCUAAGGUUAUGCUUGUGCCUUCUUCCAAGCUAGCUAGGCAACCUAAGGAAGAUUUUAGAUCUUUCAGGUUUUGGUGUAGGACUGCCGAUCUUUAUUAGUACAUGCAGACACAUGUGGAGAUCGUGUGUGAUGGCGAUGAAAUGCAGUUGCUCCUGCUGUGUUGUGCACGUUGUGCUUCGUUGCAAGAAUCUGGAGAGAAUGCAGGUUAACUAUUUUAAUCGUGUUGUCUUUUAUUUUUCAGUCUUGCCUAAUUACUACUCCCUCCAUGUCAAAGUAUAGUGCAUAUUAACUUGCAGUGAAAGUUCAUGAAUUUUGAUGAAGUUUAUAGAUAAAUUAUCAAAA